CGCAGCACCAGCACCAGCCGCCCCGCCGCCGCCGCCGCCGUCGCCGCCCGGACCCCGGCGCGCUGAAUGCAGACUAAUAGGGAUGCCAAAGGAAAAAUAUGAUCCUCCAGAUCCUCGCAGAAUUUAUACCAUCAUGUCAGCAGAGGAGGUAGCCAAUGGGAAAAAAUCUCACUGGGCAGAAUUAGAAAUCUCGGGUAGAGUGCGGAGCUUAAGUACAUCACUUUGGUCAUUGACACACUUGACAGCGCUGCACCUAAAUGACAAUUACCUUAGUCGCAUUCCACCUGAUAUUGCCAAGCUUCAUAAUCUGGUUUACCUGGAUCUGUCAUCCAAUAAACUCAGAAGUUUACCAGCAGAACUAGGAAACAUGGUGUCUCUCAGGGAAUUGCUUUUAAAUAACAAUCUGUUACGGGUUUUGCCUUAUGAACUUGGUCGGCUCUUCCAGCUACAAACUCUAGGUUUGAAAGGCAAUCCUUUAUCACAGGAUAUUCUCAACUUAUACCAGGACCCCGAUGGAACCCGAAAGCUACUGAACUUCAUGCUUGACAAUCUUGCAGUUCAUCCAGAGCAGCUUCCUCCGAGGCCAUGGAUUACAUUAAAAGAACGAGACCAAAUUCUGCCAUCAGCAUCAUUCACGGUUAUGUGUUACAAUGUGUUAUGUGAUAAAUACGCCACCCGGCAGCUAUAUGGCUAUUGCCCAUCCUGGGCAUUAAACUGGGAAUACAGGAAAAAGGGAAUUAUGGAAGAAAUUGUUAACUGUGACGCAGAUAUCAUUAGUCUUCAGGAAGUGGAAACAGAGCAAUACUUCACUCUUUUUCUGCCAGCAUUGAAGGAGCGUGGAUAUGAUGGAUUUUUUUCUCCAAAGUCACGUGCCAAAAUCAUGUCUGAGCAGGAGAGAAAGCAUGUGGAUGGUUGUGCAAUAUUCUUCAAAACAGAAAAAUUUACAUUGGUGCAGAAGCAUACAGUGGAAUUUAACCAAGUGGCAAUGGCUAAUUCAGACGGAUCUGAAGCAAUGCUGAACAGAGUGAUGACAAAAGAUAACAUUGGUGUUGCUGUGGUAUUAGAGGUCCACAAAGAACUAUUUGGAGCAAGUAUGAAGCCUAUUCAUGCUGCAGACAAACAGCUGCUUAUAGUGGCAAAUGCCCAUAUGCAUUGGGACCCAGAGUAUUCUGAUGUGAAACUUAUCCAGACCAUGAUGUUUGUCUCAGAGGUUAAAAACAUUCUGGAGAAAGCCUCUAGUAGGCCUGGCAGCCCAACUGCAGAUCCUAAUUCCAUCCCGCUGGUGCUAUGUGCAGAUCUUAACUCAUUGCCAGAUUCAGGUGUUGUGGAAUAUUUAAGCAAUGGUGGAGUAGCUGACAACCAUAAAGACUUCAAAGAACUAAGGUACAAUGAGUGUCUUACGAACUUCAGCUGCAAUGGAAAGAAUGGAAGCUCAGAAGGGAGAAUCACACAUGGCUUCCAACUUAAGAGCGCCUAUGAAAAUAACUUGAUGCCUUACACCAAUUACACCUUUGAUUUCAAAGGUGUGAUUGACUACAUUUUCUAUUCCAAGACUCAUAUGAACGUGCUUGGUGUCCUGGGGCCUUUAGAUCCUCAAUGGCUGGUUGAGAACAACAUCACUGGGUGUCCACACCCUCAUAUCCCUUCAGACCACUUCUCACUGUUAACACAACUUGAACUCCACCCUCCACUCCUGCCUCUUGUCAAUGGUGUUCACUUGCCUAAUCGGAGGUAGUGGAGUACUGCCCCGUAAAAGACGGGGAUCUGUUGCUAUGGACCUGUACAGUUGUAAAUCAAAGUAUGUAGGAGUGAAGUAUGGCCAUCCUUAAGCUGCUUCUUCAGGUUCCUUUCAUUAUGUGUUUGCUGUAAGACUUUGUACAUUUUUGUGCAUAUUGGUAUCAUUUGGCACUAGGGCUGGAACCAAAGUAUUACUCUCUUUCCAAAAUUUUAAUUUAACGUGUUUUUAAAUUGGACUUUCUUUGUAUUAUAUUAUGAGUCUGCAUUCAUAAUUGAUAACUUACCAAUUGGAGCCCCAACAACAGUGUAUUUGUUUUUCCAAACCACAUGCUUUCUUUUGGUUUCAAAUGAGCCAUUUCUGUAAAAGGCAACUUUUUAAAACUAUAAGAUUUUAAACUGAAUGAUGGCAUGCCUUGCAGGGAACACUUUCUUAAAUUUAUGUUUCUUUAUAACAAACUGAUUUUUGGCUUCCCAAGUCAUUUGCACAUUAACAGAGCACUUAAAUUUGCUUGAUCUGUAUAUAAGCUAUGAUAUAGCCUCUAGCCAUAAUAAGAAAAUUUGAGAAACUAAAGAUGGUUGCACAGUAUGCUUUCAAAAUCAAGCAUUUAACACCACAUGACCAUUUGUUGGCCAAAUGCUGUUUUUUUUUUUUUUGUUGUUUGUUUUGUUUGUUUUUGUCCCCCUAUUAGUUGUAACCUUAGAAGUAUUCUAAGCCUGUCUUUCCAGUUUAUUUACAGGGAAACAACAUUUAACUUAAACUGCCACACAUCUUUAAAAUAGAAUUUGGUAUGUUUAGGAUGCCCACAAAAUUAGUGUCUAGUAUUUUUCAUUAUUCCUAUUCACCCUUCUUUUCUGUCUGGUUGUGCUGGAAAAACAGAUACUAUGUGAUCUAUAUUAUUUUUGCUGUUACAGUCAAAUGUUAAAAAAAAAACACCCUAAAACUCUUGAAUGAAAAAACCCUGAUCAGCGUUUCAGAAGGGAAAAACCAUACAAAUAUUUCAUGUUUCCCAAAGUAGGUUAUGUGGCUUGUUGGUUUUGGUUUUUUGAGGUGGCAGUGGAAAGGAUUUGGGGAAAAGAGAGAACAAAUAUGGGACAGUAGUUGAAAACCUUGCAUAAUUUUUCCUGACUCUAGCUGCCAAAUGGCCAUUGUAUGCUUUUAAUCUUUGUUUUCAUUGUCUGUCAGGGUUGAAUUAAGAAGCUACUGGUUUAUUCCCAGCUGUUGAUGCCUUUAGAUAUGUUGGAAUCCUUUUUUGUCAGAGGGGCCAGUUGAAAAAUCUGUGACUCAAAAGGCAGUGAACGUAAUAUCAUUUUCUGGGGGAAAAAUUGGUUGGCUACUUGAUGUUAAUUAUGGCACAGGAAAAGGUUGUGUCUGUGUUUUUAAGUUUUUCUUUAUUCUGCUUUUUUGCUGCUAUAAGAGUUUUCUGAAAUUUAUAUUUUAAACUUUUCAUGCACUUUACUGUUUCUAGUCUCAAAAUGUGAUAUUUUUAAUAAACAAGAAAUUUUCCAUUAUGUGAAUGAAAUUUUAAAAGAAAAUAGCCUAUAUUUGUGUCUCACUAAUAUAUAAAGUACAGGUCAAAUUUAAAUUAUUUAAUUAGUUUUAAAUAUAAACAAUUUGUCUCCUCUUAAACCUGACAUUGUAGGCUGUUUUAUUAGUCUUAAAUGAUGCAUUUACUUUGGUCAUUUUAUGCUAAUUUCUUCCAUAGUAAAUUAAUCAGGCUAUAUGAGAUAAUAUUUCCCCAAAGGGUAAUUUUAGUGGGAUGAGGGUGGUGGGAUGAUGUACUAUCAUAUACAGGAUUGCAUUAGCAGAAGGGUUCUGUAAAGCCUAAACUCCCUUUUAAAAGUGCCUAGUUAUAGAGGCGUUGUUUGUCAUCUGUUGUAAUUGGAAUGUCAUUGUAGUUCAGUGAAGUUUGAUGUAAAUAUAAUACUUUUAAAAAUGUUAAAGCACCAGAAUAAACAAAAAGAAACAACCCUUAAGAUGACAGAUUUUCCUCAACAUGCAGGUAUCCCUUCUUAUAUACCUCAAGCAUCCAACAUCUAGCCAUGCAAAUUGAUUACCUGAAGCAUAGUACUGGAAAGUAGAAUAGCAUGAAAAACUUAAUUUUGUGGACAUUACCUUUUUUUGUAAUCAGCUACUGUAUGUUUUAUUUUAGAUCUUUUGUUUUGGGUGGGUUUUCUGCUCUGGAGGUAUAUGCACUAACAAAACAUUUUCCUCCUUUCAUAUACGCAUGUUAAUUAGCAAUGUGAGCAAUAUUUCCUACCAUACUUCACUCCCAAUAUUUUUCGAGAUGUUUGUAUAAAAAUGGAAUUUAAAGUUCACUUAUGAUUGUAUAUGAACCACAGAGGAGCCCAUUUAUUAAUAAACUUUUUUAAUAGUUAAAUGUAGAGGGAAAAAAUAAAAAAAAUUGGGAAACAUUGUAAACAGCUUAAGUUUAUUUUGUGUAUGAUCAAGGCACUCUGUUGCAGGAAGGUGUGUAAUUGGGUUCUCUCUGCUUCCAAAUGCACUCUUUCAAACUAUUCAUUAUCCUGUGUAUUUUUAAUGUGGUUUUAGUAAAUGUUGGUAGUAGCUCUGUUGAAGUAGGUAAUUGUGUUAUGUUUUGGGUGGCACACACAGUUGGGGCAUGGUAACCCAAAUUUCAUGUGCACGGUUUCCCUUUUAGCCCACUGCCCAAAUUUCACACACCCUUCACCUUUUGUUCCCUUUGUAAAAGGAGUGGUAUCUGUUUUGAGCUGCCAAUUCAGAUGAUCAGAAAUGCUGCUUUCCUCAGCAUUGUCUUGUUAAAACGCAUGCCAUUUGGAACUUUGGCAGUGAGAGGCCAAAAGGAAGAGGUGAAUGACAUAUGGCAUAUAUUCAAUGAAGGUAAAAUUUGUAUGUUCAUAUACUUUCUAGUUCUCAGAAUAAGUUAAUAAGCUUUAUGGCAUUGGGCUGCUGCAUAUUUUAUCUGAAGGUAAAAGGAAAUUUGGGCAUUUUUAGAAUGUGAUACCUGUUUUUUUUAACUGUUAAAUAUUAUUUCUGAUGUUUGUCUAAGAACUGGAGUGUUCUUUAAAUUUAUUAAAACAGUGUUGUUUGAGGAAGAGAAAACAGCACUGUUUGCCAUUAUUACAGUCAUACAAGUGCAUGUCAAGUCACCCACUCUCUCAGGCAUCAGAAUCCGCCUCAUAGCUUUACACAUUUUAAUGGGGAAUAUUGCAGCAUCCUCAGGACUGACAUCUGGGAAAGCUCAAAUCCACUUACUGCUCCUUGCUUGUUGACUUUGUUUUAAAAUAUUGUGCCUGGUGUCAACUUUUAAGCAACAGCACUGCCUAAAAGCAAGCAGAGAACAGAAUCCCAGCACCAUUCUAUAGGCAACUUUUUAGAAUUCAGAUAUAGUAAAUCUGUCCAAGAUUUAUGAUGUUUUAUGUAAAAAAAAUUUUGUAUAAUAUAGCUGAAUAUUUUUGUUUCAUUUCUUUGAUGUAAGGCGUGUGAACAUUCGUUUGAAUAUCACAUGUUAUAGUCAGGUAUGGCACAAUGGGUUCUGAGACCAGCUUCCCCCCCCAUCCCCUCCCAUUUGCCUUGUUCUAAGCUUUCUUUUCAAAUUACUUUUCCGAUAUUCAUAGGCAGAUAUUUGAUUUUACUGAAUAAGCAUCCUGUGUGAAUGAAUUAAAGAAGCCACUGUGUUUUAGUGUUGUAGUUUGCAAAAAUAUAAAGCUCCAUUUCUUAUUUGCCCCCCUUUUUUGGUGUCUUAAAGUUAUAUAUUAAAUCACAGAAAAGCAAGGGAGAAAGUUGAAAAAUAUCUAAGGCUCAUAUCACUUGAUUCUAUGGUAGAUUACAUUAGAAUUGAGGAUGUGGCACAUUAAAACUGGAACAUGGACAAAUGUAUCGUGUUCCAUUUUAAAAUUCUGUCUCCAAGUAAAUAUUGUUGAAUGGAUAAAAAUUUAAGUUUGUAUUUGCAUUUCCAAGGAUUUCUAAAAAUCACCAAUGCAUCUGUACUUUAAAUAUCAAAUAACAAAGAGUAGAGAAAGCACAAGGAAAAACAGGUUAAGUAUGUUCUCUGAAGGAACCAGAGGCAUAUGGUUUGUCAUUCUAACACAAGGCUCAAUUUUCUAGUGAUAAAAAUUGACUGUGUUCCAAUACUUACUUGAUUGUAAGCUUUUUUAUUCUGAGUUUCUGAGAAAUUGUAAUAACUUUGCAAAAUAUGCUGACUGAUCGAUCAGUAGCUUCGGUUACAGAAAACAUCAGUUUUGCUACAAUAAUGGUUUUAUAGCAAGCAAAGAUUUUAUGGCACAUUUUCAAAAUAGCACUCAUAUGUAUUUUGACAGAAAUAUGAAUUCUCAUAUUUGUAAGGUAUCCUUUCUCUUUUUCCCACCUGCCCUUCCCUUUAAAAAAAAAAAUCACCUUUCUAAUGUGGAGAAUAUUGAUUUUACCCCUUUCCUUUUGAAUUAUGUCUGUAGAGCUAUGUGAAUUGUAGGUAGAUAAAUUAGCUAGGGAAGUUAGGAUUAUUUUUCUAAGCCAGGAACUUCAACUAAAGUUUUCAAUUUGUAGACAGAUAAGAAUUUCGUUUAUGGUUGCUUUGGGUGAUUUUAAUUUUACAAUAAAUAGCAUCAUAAUCACCAAUUUUAGAUUCAAACAGAAGUAAGUUAGUACAUUUUUCACCCCGGCUUAUUUACCAAAGUUGUAACCUGUUGAACAGGAUGCCAAGAGCAUCUUUCAUUUUAUAGAAUGAUAUGCAUAUCUUUAUUUUAUAAAUGUCACCUAAAAGCGUAAGGGUUUAAAAAAAAAAUAGGAAAGCCCUUACAUUUAUACUACUGUUAAAUCUAUAUGCUGUUCUGAAUAAGAUCCAUAGAAAGAAAAUUAAAAAACAGCUCUUUUCUGGAAGGUGGUAGGGAAAAGCAUACGUAUUUCCUAUUUUGACCAAAUACCUUCUUCAUGUAAAUUUCUCUAUUAAAUCACAAGCCCUACAACAAGAAAAAAUAGGGAGAUACCAGGAAAAUACCAAGCUUUAUUAUCCUAGUUAGUAAUAUUGUUUAGCAUAAGUUUGGUUAGACUUGGGUUAUUCUUGGAACCAAAGGAAAACAAAUGUGUUGAGGUUUUCAGUCAACAAACAUGAUGUUGAAGUGAUGGAAUAAGUAAAAUAGCUUUCACUUUCAAAGCAUAUGAAAUAAGGACAUUUCUGUCUAUUAAAUGUUAAUUUGGAUGGCACAUCAUAUAAACUGAGUAGCACUGAACUGAAAUUAGAAGUGUCAUCAGAAAUCACAUUAUGAAAAGGAUAGACAAAUGCCAAGUGAUAUGACUCUUUUGGCAUGGUAGCUUUCAGAAUGUUUCAGAAGGCAUAUUUUGGUGCCUAUUACUAGUUAUUUUUGUUACAACAAUCUCCCUGAAUUUAAUUUCCCUGUUUGUCACUUUUAACUAACGUGUAAGAAUCAUGGUAGCCCUCUCAGAAGUGGUCCUUUCUUGCUCAGUUUUGUGUUAAUUUCAAAUUACGGAUGUAUUUUCUUUCAAGCUAUCAAUUGUUAUAUUUACUACAUUUGUUUAAUUUGCCUGUAGUUAUCUGAACUCAAAAAAAUGGCUCAGCAUUGAUGUGUCAAACAAUGGCUUUGCUUCUUACUGAACAGACUUAGUAUCCUGCUACUUGUUUCAAUCUUGGUGCAGUAAGUGAUGCAGUAUAUCUGGGUUUGUAUGUAUUCAGAAACUGUACUGUCCUUUCUCUGUGCUUAACUUGCUAAAAAUAUAUUCCCUUACCUGUGAAAUUCCUGAGCGGUGCUCUGCCAACUUUUGUGGGGGAGGGAUUUGGAUGGCCAUGUUACUGCACAUUGGAUCUGGAAUUGUUCAGCGUUGUGAGUGGCAAAUUUCUUAAACACCAGCAGCACUGAGAAGUGCACUACGGGCAUUCGUACAGUUGUCCAAAUGCAAACAAUUCUUUCAUUUAGGAGAAGCUGAAAUACAGAGUUAAAUAGGAAUAGUUUGAGGAGAAUCUUUCAACUUUGGCUUUAUCAUCUUUGGAGUAGGGUAGUAUGGAUUUUUUUAAAGAGAAACAAUGUGUAUGUACCUUUUCUCUCUAAAAGGGCCAGCUUAUGUUGGUCAAAUUCACCAUAGAUUAAUUUAUGUCUUCUAUUGUGAUUUCUAUCAACCAUAUAACAAGUGCCAACUAAUUGUCCGUGGGACAAUCUACUCUUCCACUCAAUUUACCAUUUGAGUAAGGAAGGGUUCAUUUAUUUUCAUUACCUGCAUUAAGUUAAAUAAUUCAUUGUUUUGCAUACAUUUGAGUCAUUUUGUAGCCUAUAAAGUGUUUUUGUAACUAAUUCUAAUGGUUGGAAAGUGAAGCACAGGAUUUUAAAACCAAGCAAGGUGUUUUAAUAUUUUCUUUCCCUGAAUACUUGGUAGUUUCUAUUAAUACUAUUCCAAAACAAAUUCUACUGUUUUAGGUUGUGUAUUUACUUUGUUUUUGUUCUAAGAAAAAGCCAAGCACUAAAUCAACUUGUUACUGUGUUCCAAUAAUCAGUUUAAAAAUGUAACAUUUUCUUUUUUUUUUAAUUAGAAAAUUUAAUGAAGUGCCAUAUAAUUGUAGCUUGCUAGUGUUUAAUGUUUAAUAGACUGGUUCUGUGGUGUUCUAACCAUUUCACACUCUGUCAUCCCUGGAGAAAAGUGGUUCUACUCUUAUUUGACCACAUUCUCUCUGACAAAAUCACCAGCUGCUUUAUUUUUCUAUUUAUUACAGUUAAACAGUUGAUAAGGUCUGAAUCUUGACCAAACUGCUCAGCUAAGAUGUUUUUCUCAGUAGACACUGUACAAAGUGUGCGUGCAAAAGGACACAGUUGGGAGAUAGUAUUUUUUCAUUAAUGUGAACGUUGAUUAAACAAAGCAGUCCUACCUUUUCAAUCUCGUGGCAGCUCAGAAGGGAGGUGCUCAAGAACCUUAACUACUAUGUCAGAUGACAAAAUACUUUUUUCCAUUUUGGAGAUUGGUUACUGCUCACACAUGAUGUAUAGGGCUAAAUACAUGCUUGUUUCCUUGCACCUGUGUACUUCCCUUUCUCUCCCUCCCUUUCCCUCCCCUGUAGGCAAUAAAUGGCCAUUUUGCAACUGCAUA